AUGGCUUAUCCCUAUGAUUCCCUCUUGCCACAGGUUACAAGACCAAGAACCAUCUCUCCCCUGCCUCCCUCUGCUCCUGGAGAAGAAGCCAAAGAUGAGGAAGUUGAGCAAGUCAAAUGGAAGCGUCCAGCUGUGGUCACACCACAGGCUGUUCAUUCCAAGAGAAACAUCAAGGCAGAGCCACAAGCAGAGCUGCCCGAAGCUCAGAGUGACAUCAUGGCAUUGAAGAGAAAGAACAAGGAUGACAUGAGAAGAGUUCAAGAGGAGAAUCUCAAUCAGCAGAGGGGCGAUCAACAGAACCAGGCAGAGCUGCAGGAUUCGGAGGCUAGCAACAAGGUAAGGGAGAAGAGGCUGGAGGAAGAAAUUAAAAUCAUCAGAGAUAAAGCUAAUCGCCUCUCUCAGUCUCUACAAAAGCAAGUGGCCAUAAAGAAAAUAAAUCUUCAAGGACUGCAAAGGAAGCAACUAACAGUUAAUGAAAUCAUGAUCAUGAAGAGGAAUAGGAGUCCCAGUGUUGUGAAUUAUUUAGACAGCUAUCUUCUGGGUGAGGAACUCUGGCUGGUUUUAGAGUACAUGGACGGAGGCGCCCUGAGUGAUGUCAUCAGUGAGACCUUCCUGUCUGAAGAGCAGAUGGCAGCCAUCAGUCGGGAGUGCCUGCGAGGACUGGAUUUUCUUCACUCGAACCACAUCAUCCACCGAGAUGUGAAGAGCGACAACAUCCUUCUCAGAACAGACGGCUCUGUCAAGCUAGCUGAUUUUGGCCUCUCUACUCAGCUCACCCCUGAGCAGAAUAGACGGUGCACGUUAGCCGGGACUCCUUGGUGGAUGGCGCCUGAAGUGGUGACAGGUCAACCAUAUGGCCCCAAAGUGGACAUAUGGUCUUUUGGAAUUGUGGGAAUUGAAAUGGUAGAACGAGAACCUCCUUACUGCAACCAAAGUCCUGCCUCGGCUCAACGCCUUAUAGCCACAGUAGGGACCCCAAAGCUGCGACAUCCCAAGCUCCUCUCAGCUUUGCUGCGUGACUUCCUGAGCUGCUGCCUUCAGAAAGACGAGGAGGAGCGCUGGUCUGCCAUGGAGCUCCUGCAGGUUACAAGACCAAGAACCAUCUCUCCCCUGCCUCCCUCUGCUCCUGGAGAAGAAGCCAAAGAUGAGGAAGUUGAGCAAGUCAAAUGGAAGCGUCCAGCUGUGGUCACACCACAGGCUGUUCAUUCCAAGAGAAACAUCAAGGCAGAGCCACAAGCAGAGCUGCCCGAAGCUCAGAGUGACAUCAUGGCAUUGAAGAGAAAGAACAAGGAUGACAUGAGAAGAGUUCAAGAGGAGAAUCUCAAUCAGCAGAGGGGCGAUCAACAGAACCAGGCAGAGCUGCAGGAUUCGGAGGCUAGCAACAAGGUAAGGGAGAAGAGGCUGGAGGAAGAAAUUAAAAUCAUCAGAGAUAAAGCUAAUCGCCUCUCUCAGUCUCUACAAAAGCAAUCGGUGACUCCUGGCUGA